AUGCUCAUCUUUUGGAGAAGCUUCUUGUUGUGGUCAUGGACAGUCGUCGCGAGUGCCAUUCCGCCACGUUGGCGAGCGGAUAACAGACAGAUCUCCCUACAAACCUUCGAAUCUCUUGAGGAACUCGCUCGGAUCGUGGAUAUCUCUUACUGUGUAGGCACUACCGGCAUCCAGAAGCCCUUCAAAUGUCUUAGCCGAUGCAGCGAUUUUGAGGGGUUUGAGCUGGUUACAUCGUGGAACACUGGGCCGCUCCUCUCCGACUCAUGCGGCUACAUUGCUUUGUCGCAUCCCCCAUUUGCUAAAAGAGUCAUUGUCGCCUUCCGUGGGACCUACUCCAUUGCGAACACGAUCGCCGACCUUUCCACAAACCCCGCCGAAUACGCCCCGUUCCCUUCUGACAGUGAGAACGGCUCUGUCUGCACCUCUGUCGAGCCGCACAAUGACAAGCAACCUGUGUUGCCGCAGCUACUCACACAAUUCGAGAAGAGAAGUGUGCCAGAAGUAGAAUGUGCAAAUUGUACGGUGCACGCAGGCUUUAUGGCAUCUUGGCGGAAUACACGCUGCACCAUCGUGCCGCAUGUGGAAAAAGCUCUUAACGACUAUCCAGAUUAUGAAUUGGUCUUGGUUGGCCAUUCCUUGGGAGGUGCCGUUGCUGCUUUGGCAGCCCUUGAAUUUCAGGCUCGGGGAUGGACUCCGCAUGUUACAACCUUUGGGGAACCUCGCAUCGGCAACCUGGCUCUGAACCGGUUCAUAGACAAGCGAUUCAAGCUGAAUAUAACCGAUCCCGAAAAUUCGUUGUACCGCCGAGUCACGCACGUCGAUGACCCCGUCCCCCUCCUACCGUUGGAGGAAUGGGGCUACAGAAUGCACGCUGGCGAAAUAUACAUUUCAAAGUCUUCAUUGCCUCCAACUCGUGCCGAUAUUCAACACUGUUCUGGUGAUGAGGAUCCAUCAUGCGUCGCUGGAGGCACUUCCAUUGAAGAUGAACAUGACGAGUUUGAGACGGACAAGACCAGGAAUCUCGACGUUAAGUCUCUUUGGCAAAUCGGAAGACGUUAUAAGUUAUGGGAACUCUUCUUUGCACAUCGCGAUUAUUUCUGGAGACUGGGUCUUUGUGUUCCAGGAGGCGAUCCGUGGGACUGGUCCAGAGGCAAAUAUAACGAGAGCUUGAAUGAUGAGCCAUAG